UAGCAGCAUAAUUAUUUCCAAGAAAGUCAAAAGAAGAAAAAAAAAGUUUAGACGAGGCAAAGAUCCCGGAUUCUUUUGUGUUUUGUUCAUCGGAAAAAUGCAAAUUCCAAUUUAACAGAAAAUGUAAAAGAAAGGAAGAACCACGUCACUGUUUUGUAAAAAGUUGGAGAGAAAAAACUGACAUAGCUCAAGAAGAAGGACUCCACAUCUGAAAUUCUGUCAAGUUAACUACCAUUCAACGAUAUUCAAUUUUAGUACAAGUGUCGUUGGGAUGGCACAAGAUGACCCCUCACAGGUGAAACCAAAGUCUUCUCCUCAGUCUCUGUUGCCACAAAUCUCCACCAUGAUUCCCACAACUUCAUGGUUUACACCCAAAAGGCUACUAGCUAUAUUCUGUGUGAUUAACUUGUUAAACUAUGUGGAUCGAGGAGCUAUAGCAAGCAAUGGUGUUAAUGGAAGUAGGGGAACAUGCACUGAGGGUGGUACCUGCACUUCUGGCUCUGGAAUACAGGGGGAUUUUAACUUGAACAAUUUUGAAGAUGGAGUUUUAUCAUCUGCUUUUAUGGUUGGACUUCUGGUGGCUUCUCCAAUAUUUGCCUCUCUAGCUAAGAGUGUAAAUCCAUUUAGACUUAUAGGUGUUGGAUUGUCAGUUUGGACUCUUGCAACCCUAUGUUGCGGUUUUUCUUUUAACUUUUGGUCCAUUUCAAUCUGUCGCAUGCUAGUUGGUGUUGGUGAGGCUUCAUUUAUAAGUCUUGCAGCACCUUUUAUUGAUGACAAUGCUCCAGUUACUCAGAAAACAGCAUGGCUUGCAAUAUUUUACAUGUGUAUACCAUCGGGAUAUGCACUUGGCUACGUCUACGGUGGUUUGGUUGGAAGCCAUUUUGGUUGGCGAUAUGCAUUCUGGGUAGAGUCUUUGUUGAUGCUUCCAUUUGCUAUUUCAGGAUUUUUUAUGAAGCCUUUGCAGUUGAGAGGUUUUGUUUCUUCUGAUUCAGAAAAGGCGCUGACACCUGAGACAAUUGUGUCAGGAGUUCAAGUUAUGGAGGCUUCAAAUGGCAAAGAUGAGUCAAUGUCCUUAAAGGCAGAGCUUAGAGAUAAAAGCUCAAAUGACCAUUUCAAGUCAAAAUCUGCAACCAAAAUAUUUGAGAAAUUCUCAAGAUUUUUGAAUGAUGUGAAAGCACUUUUGCUUGAUAAGGUCUAUGUUGUCAAUGUUUUAGGUUACAUAUCAUACAACUUUGUGGUAGGUGCUUACUCAUAUUGGGGGCCAAAAGCUGGCUAUAAUAUAUAUCACAUGACUGAUGCAGAUUUGAUAUUUGGAGGAAUUACAAUUGUAUGUGGAAUAGUAGGCACUUUAGCUGGAGGCUUUGUUCUGGAUUAUAUGAAUAACACCUUAUCAAAUGCAUUUAAGCUUCUCUCAACGACUACAUUUAUUGGUGCAGCAUUUUGUUUAGGCGCCUUCUUAUUCAGAAGCAUGUAUGGCUUCCUUGCUCUUUUCUCUAUUGGUGAACUUCUUAUUUUUGCUACUCAGGGUCCUGUGAAUUACGUAUGUCUCCAUUGUGUUAAACCAAGUUUGAGGCCUCUAUCUAUGGCUAUGUCUACUGUUGCUAUUCAUAUCUUUGGAGAUGUACCUUCCUCGCCUCUUGUUGGAGUUCUCCAGGAUAGCAUUAACAACUGGAGAAUGACAACAUUGAUUCUAACAACCAUAUUGUUUCUUGCAGCUGGAAUAUGGUUCAUUGGAAUAUUUUUGCACAGUGUGGAUAGAUUUUAUGAAGACAGCGAACGUCAAGUAUCAAACGUUGAAAGAUUAAACAGCACCAUGCCUUUGCUUCCAGAGAAGACUGGAGAAACAUCGGCAUCUCCUUCUCAAUCCCAAGAGUGUUGACUUUUCUUUUUUAUGCUUGUUCAAGCACAGUAUUUCGCACAAGGCACAAUGACAGCCACUACGAUGUAAAUAACUUUUUUUUUUGUACAUUUAUAUUUUUUUUUCUCGUAUGUAUCCCAUUUUUGGGAAGCAAUCUUGUUUAAAGUAUAGUCAAACAGUAAACAUAAAUCCCUCUCCAAGUACAGAUUUGAACCUUGGUUUUGCUCUUGGUUAAUAGAAAUUUAGCAAGAGUAUAUUUCAGUGUUAUGCUUCAUCUUA